CCCGCCCCUCCACACCCCCGUGACGUCACGGCCGGGGGCGCCGCCGCCAAACGUGAACGGCCCCAUGGCGCUGCGCCUCGCUGCCCGGCUGCUGCGGCCCCUGCGGCGGGGGGUGCGCUGGGGGGGCACCAAACCCCCCCCCCAAAAUGCCCCAUUUGACUGGAGGGACCCACUGCUGCUGGAGCCGCUGUUGGAGCCCGAGGAGCGCCUCCUGCGAGAUUCCGUCCGGGAUUUUGCCCGCGAGCGGCUGCUCCCCCGCGUGAUUCACGCCCACCGACAUGAGGAGUUUGACCGCGAGAUCAUCACUGAGAUGGGGGCCCUGGGGCUGCUGGGCCCCACCAUCAAAGGCUAUGGCUGCGCGGGCGCCUCGUGGGUGGGUUACGGGCUGGUGGCGCGGGAGUUGGAGCGAGUGGACAGCAGUUACCGCUCGGCGCUGAGCGUCCAAUCGUCGCUCGUGAUGCACCCGGUCCUGACCUAUGGCAGCGCCGAGCAGCGGGAGCGCCUCCUGCCGCGCCUGGCACGGGGGGAGCUGUUGGGCUGUUUCGGGCUGACGGAACCGAACCACGGGAGCGACCCGGGACGCAUGGAGACGCGGGCGCGCAGGAACCGGGGCGGCACCUACACCCUGCGCGGCACCAAGAGCUGGAUCACACACGCGCCGGUGGCCGACCUGUUUGUGGUGUGGGCCGUGUGCGAGGAGGACGGGCGAGUGCGGGGGUUCCUGCUGGAACGUGGGACCCCCGGGCUCAGCACCCCCAAAAUCGAGGGUAAAUUCUCAUUGCGCGCAUCCCCCACCGGAAUGAUUGUCUUGGAAGACGCGAAGGUGCCUGAGGAGAACGUCCUGCCUGGCGUCGACGGGCUGGCGGGCCCGUUCGGGUGUUUGACCCACGCGCGCUACGGCAUCUCUUGGGGGGCACUGGGCGCCGCCGAAGCCUGUCUGGACGCCGCACGGCAGUACACGCUGGACAGGUUGCAGUUUGGGGGUCCCCUGGCGCGGAACCAGCUGGUGCAGCGGAAGUUGGCGGAUAUGAUGACAGAGAUCGCGCUGGGGCUGCACGCCUGCCUGCGCCUCGGCCGCCUCAAGGAACAGGGCUGGGCUCCCGCCGAGGCGGUGUCGCUGCUGAAGCGGAACUCCUGCGGGAAGGCGUUGGCCAUCGCGAGGGAGGCGCGGGACAUGUUGGGCGCCAACGGCAUCUGCGACGAGUUCCACGUCAUCCGGCACAUGCUCAACCUCGAGGCCGUCAACACCUACGAGGGCACCCACGACAUCCACGCGCUCAUCCUGGGCCGCGCCAUCACCGGCAUCCAGGCCUUCGCGCCACCACGGCGGGACUAGGGCAGGGACGGCACCGCGCCGGCGGCACAGCUGGACGUGAUGACUGGUGUCACCCAUGGGGACACGGCCGAUCCUCGCACCGAGGGACCCAAGGAGACGGUGCUGAUACCGGAACUGUCACCAACCAGACCCGACGUCUCCAACCGGAGCCACCAGCACCAACUGUACCCGGCGUCACCAACCAGACCCAGUGUCACCAACUGGAUCCAGAACCACCGACGAGACCCAGUGCCUCCAACUGGAUUUGGUGUCACCAACGAGACCCAGUGCCUUCAACUGGAUCCGGUGUCACCAACUGGACCCAGAAUCACCAACGAGACCCAGUGCCUCCAACUGGAUCCAGAAUCACCAACCGGACUCGGUGUCACCAUCUGGACACGGUGCGACCAACCAGAUCCAGAGUCACCAAUCAGACCUGGUGUCACCAGUGGGGAAUUGGUGUCACCAACUUGUCCCGAUGGCUCCGAUUGGACCAUCUGGACCCGGUUGCGCUGGCGCCCGGUGCCUUUUUCCGCCCUUACCAAUAAACGCCA